AUGAAAACAUACCAGCUCGUCAAGAGCGAUAUUCAUGCUGAGAACGAAGCUUUGGAGGGCGAUUUCAAAGUCACCCCGGCCGCCAAUCAAAUUUUCAAUUAUCGCUCUAUUCUUAUUGGAGUGGUAAUCGGUUUUCUUUCGAAUUUUGUCACAUAUGAAAUUGUGUCCAUGAACUCAAAAAUUGAUAGCUGCACACGAAAGAUGUCAAUCUGGUCACCAGCGCUCUCAAGAUUUAACGACGACGAAAUAUCAUCCCGACGUUUUGUCGGAGCUCUCCGAGCGCCUAAUAAGUUCCGCGGUUCUCCAAGUCCAGAAAUCGAUGAUGCGUGGGAAGAAAUAACGUAUCCUGAGGGAGGGUUGGUACGCAUAUCGAAAGAGCAGCUUGGGAGAAUCAACGCGUCUGAGUAUGCGGCUGAGUAUACUGAGAAGAUGGGAGGAGGAUAUAUCGCUGGGAUUGAGGUUUUUCAUCAGCUUCAUUGUUUGAAUAUGAUACGGAAAUAUACCCAUUUGGAUUAUUAUCUUUCGAAAAACGUGGAAUGGGAAAGUGAUCCGGAUACCUUUAGAUAUCAUAUUGACCAUUGCAUAGAUAUGCUGCGUCAAAAGCUCAUGUGUGAUCCGGACGUCGGUAUUAUAACGUAUGUAUGGGCCAAGGACUGGAAACAACCAUUUCCCGAUUUCAAUACCGUUCACAUGUGUCGGCCGUACUCAAACGUGAUAAACUGGGCACAAGAGAACCGUGUUCAUAACAGAAAUGUUGCCGAUUUGGAACGCGCUCCCGGGGCCCUCGAGCUUGACGCUCGCCCUUAG